UGGCUCCGCCUUGAUAUAAUCAGUUUCCAAGAUGGCGGAAGGCUACGGCGCAAAAUGAGCAGGACGAGAUCAGUUCAGUGUCUUUAGUGGAAAUUCUGCGUUUUAUUUUGCGUUAUAAACUUCUACUUUCUUGACGUUUGGAUUCCAGGCUUCAUAAGGAACCGUGCAAAUAUCUCCAGCUGUUCUGAGCGGAAGUUGAAAGUUAGCUAACUAGCCUGCUGUCCGCCCACAGAACUUGUGCUGCAGUCGGCAAAAAUAACAUAAUCCUCAUCAGUCCGGUUACUGUGACGGUUUAUCGCGCUUAAUCAUCUCAGUGCUGUCGCUCACGUCUGGGGUUCUUUUUCUUCAGGAUAUAAGGAUUAAACAGCGUUAUUAUGGACGCGGUCGAUGUGUAAACAAUACAGCUCGGUUGCUAGCAGGGCGACUCACACAGACCCCCCUAAGAGACGCAUCUUCUAGGAGUUGUUACUAAACUAGCUUAGCUAUAGGAGCCGAGUUCUCUGUAUCGAGGUCUGGACUUUGUUAGACACCUUUUUUAAUUUGGUUCCUGUGUGUUAUGGUAAACCCGUUAAGCUGAUAGAACCACGCUGGUCGUGUCCACUUGGAGGUUUUCAUUUUUACUUUUAUUUUGAGAUUUGUUUUGUAAACAGAAGCCAUGGCUCGUCCCUCUCCUGUGCAGAGAGCACUCCCAGGCAUACAGAAUGUUAAAACUGACCCAGAAGAGCUGUACACUAAGCUUGAGAAGAUCGGUAAAGGCUCAUUUGGAGAGGUGUUUAAAGGAAUAGACAAGCGUACCCAGAAGGUCGUGGCCAUUAAGAUCAUCGAUCUGGAGGAAGCAGAAGACGAGAUUGAGGACAUUCAGCAGGAGAUCACAGUGCUCAGCCAAUGUGACAGCCCCUUUGUUACAAAGUAUUAUGGAUCAUAUCUGAAGAGCACAAAGUUAUGGAUCAUAAUGGAGUAUUUAGGAGGAGGUUCAGCAUUAGAUUUGCUGGAGCCUGGGCCAUUGGAUGAGUCCCAGAUUGCUACUAUACUGAGAGAAAUUCUCAAGGGCCUCGAGUAUUUGCAUUCUGAAAAGAAAAUUCAUAGAGACAUUAAAGCUGCUAAUGUGCUGUUGUCAGAGCAGGGGGAUGUGAAGCUGGCUGACUUUGGUGUGGCAGGCCAGCUUACGGACACUCAGAUCAAGAGGAACACGUUUGUGGGCACUCCAUUCUGGAUGGCCCCCGAGGUCAUAAAACAGUCAGCUUACGAUUCAAAGGCAGAUAUCUGGUCAUUGGGUAUAACUGCGAUAGAGUUGGCCAAGGGAGAGCCGCCCCACUCUGAACUGCACCCGAUGAAGGUUUUAUUCCUUAUCCCAAAGAACAACCCGCCAACUCUGGAGGGGAAUUACAGCAAACCACUAAAAGAGUUUAUAGAAGCUUGCCUCAACAAGGAGCCAAGCUUUAGGCCUUCAGCCAAAGAGCUGCUGAAACAUAAGCUUAUUGUACGUUAUGCUAAAAAGACCUCGUACCUCACAGAGCUCAUUGACCGGUACAAGAGGUGGAAGUCUGAGCAGAGUCGAGAGGAUUCCAACUCCGACGAGUCUGACUCGGAACAGGAUGGACAGGCCUCGGGUGGGAACGACUCUGGAAACGAUGAGUGGAUCUUUACCAUGAGAGAGAAGGACCCCAAAAAAAUUCAAAAUGGAAUCAUGCAGUUUUCGGACCACAGCGAGGUACAGAGCAGUGUGCAAAGGCCUUUGUCCCAGAGCUUGUCCACUAUUAUAUCUCCAUUGUUUGCAGAACUGAAGCAGAAGGGUGAAGCGAGCAAUGGAAAGCCAGAGGCAGUGGAGGAGCUGAGGGAGGCCAUAUUCCUGGCAGAAGAGGCUUGCCCUGGCAUCUCAGACUCCUUGGUCACAGAACUAGUACAGAGACUGCAGAGGUUUGCGCUUCCCCGGGCCUCAUCUCACUGACUGCUUGCUGUGGAUUCUCCUCCUCCUCCUCUCUUUGCCUCCUAGUGCAGCCUCUCACACACAUACACAGCUCACUCAGCCUGUACCUGGCAAACAUUUUUUAUUUUUUAUUUUAUUUUAUUGUUUUAAAUAAAACAUAUCAGGUGAAUGGGUAGUGAGGCCUGGCUGGGCUCAGACUCUGACUCAGAUUCAGACACACCCCUUCUGAGAGCAGUGCACCUUAUAUAGCACACAGCACAUAGGGUCAGAGCAGCAGGUGGUUGCACCAGCCAUGUGCAGGUUCUUUCCAAACUGCAUGUGUAAAGCCAUUUGAAUCGUAAUGACACAAUUUUAUUCUUAACCGUUGAGCGAGUGCAGAUUCAGUUAAAACAAUCAGCUAAGAACUAAAUCGGCCAUUAUGUCAAUUACACUGAUUCAUUAAUCCCUUUUACCCUCUUGCUAAAGGAGACGGCUAGUUAACAUUUCACUAGAGAAUGUAAUUCAGAACUUCGAUGUAAUGCAAGGAUUGAUUGUUGUAUGUUAGGUGUACAUGAGUCUUAGUAUUAUUUUUAUAUUGUUUUCUUUUGUUGCUGGUUAUCACUCAGUUUUAGGCAAUAACCUGUUUUAUACUUGUCCCUCCACUAGUGUAAGUAUUACACUAUGGUGCAUUUAAUAUAAGCUGUGCAAAGUAAUUAGUAAGUUUCAUUAGAACUUGGGAUAGCUGGUGCAAACCGGUCACUGAAUGUGCAGUAUGUGAGAUCUUUCAGAGGUGUGUGUGUGUGUGUGUGUGUGUGUGUGUGUGUGUGUGUGUGUGUGUGUGUGUGUGUGUGUGUGUGUGUGUGUGUGUGUGUGUGUGUGUGUGUGUGUGUGUGUGUGUGUGUGUGUGUGUGUGUGUGUGUGUGAGUGAGAGUGUGUGAGUGAGAGUGUGUGAGUGAGAGUGUGUGAGUGAGAGUGUGUGAGUGAGAGUGUGUGAGUGAGAGUGUGUGAGUGAGAGUGUGUGAAUAAAUGAGUGCUGUAGGGUUCCAGCAGUGAAGUUGUGAUGAUCCUUUUUUAAUUUAAAAAAAAAAAAACAUUUUAAACUCAGGUAUCCUGCUCUCAGUAACCGGAGUCUUCUGAGAGGCAGACUGAGCAUGCUCAGCUGGGUGUGUAAAUGUGUGUGUACAUAGGCUUACAAAUGUCACGGAGGUAUGCUAAUGAAAACACUGUGUUAAAAAUGGCCAACUGCUCCUGUAGAUACUCUGAAGAUAUAUAUGUAAACUGGUCAUCACUGAGAUUGCCUUGUCUUUUAAUUUGCAUUUUUUAGAAGUAAUUUGAUUAAAAUUGAACGCUGCCAUUCAACCCAUUAACACACCAAUUUUGUUCUUCUCUACCUUUGCAGUGCCAUUCAUACGCUUCUAUUGUUUCCAUCUGUUAUCACUUCUUAAGUCCAACACUUAAAAAAAUAUGUUUAUAAAAGAUCCAAUCCCAUUUUAUUUUGAUCAUUUCAGUCAUGGGGAAAAAUCUGUAUGCUAUUUUUUCCUCCUCUUUUCUCCAGAAAAUGUCAUCAAACUCCGGUCCUUUUGAUUUGCUGUAAACGUAUAUGCCGCUAAAUCCUCAUGUCUUCCUGGAAACUGAAAUGGUACAGUGCGUACCAACUGCUUGAAUUGCACUUAGAUGACUGCCUUCUUAUGAUACGUGAAUUAGCCAUAAGACAUAAGCAUGAGAUUUGUACAGUGCAUUUCACCUCUAUACAUAUAGGACUGCUGAUGUGAGGCACCAUCUAUGAUGUCCCUGAAGCCUAGUGUGUUAACACACACCUCACUUUGGUGCAUUUUAUAUCUUUUCAUUGCUCACAUACAUAGUGUCCGUAGUGAAAAGCUAGCAUUAACAAACGUGCUGUAGUAGAACUACACUUGAGCUAACCUUCAAUCUUGUUUUAACUUGUUAACUGGCCAAUGAUGCGUUUGUUCAGCAGUUUUUAAAAAGUUAAUCCAGUGAUUAAAGCUGUAGCUUCACAAUAGCAUGGGAGUCUUGAGUGUAAGGCAAUUCUAGAUAAACCUUUUGUCUCAUUGUUUGGGGACAUGGAUGCUAUCACAAGCAUGAUGCAUGUGUGUAGCAAGUGUUUCAGAUCCCGAAAUCCUUCAUGCUAACACUGUCAAAAUUUGGAUUUUAAUGCUGAGUUAUAAAAACAGUUUGGGAAAUGUCAAGUUGUGAAAAUUCUAACAAAUUCUUCAAAGUAGAGCAUGUCUUAUACUAGACUGUAGUGUCUGUUGGAGUAAGUGUGACACUGGGAUUUAGAAAGCAAUGGAGAACAAGACAAUGAUGCUGAACAUGAAACCACUACAAGCAAAUUCAGAGUACCUUGAAGAGUGAUGUUCGUUUCAUGUAGUCAGGUGCAAAGUAACUUUGGCUAGUUAUCAUAAAAUUGUAAUACACUUAUAAUACGUCAUAAAUACCGUGCCAGUGUAGAGUUAAUCGUAAAGAUCUCAAGACUAGUUUGGAAUUUUGUGUUUAAAAAUAAAAACAAAGUUUGUGUUCUUUAAAUAAGACUGGUUAAUGAUGACAUGCUGAAAGAAACAAGUACUGAAAGAAACUGAAUUUUCUGCACGUGAGGCUGUUCAAAUCGCUGCUGGUUUAAAGUGUUGUGGAUCCAAAACCCAUACAUGGGAUUUUAAUUGAGGCAUCAAUUUGCACUCGCAUUUCAACUGUCCUGUUGCACAGCCUGUCUGUUUACCACAAAGUGCUACCCCUUCCUUUAUUGCACCCUUUUUCAUUUUUCCCCCCUUACUAUUUGCACCUUUUCCACUUAGAGUCUGAAUGUGUCCCUGUGUGUAAGCUGACAUUUUAAUGAGAUCACGGUUUGUCUUGUUUAUCUUCGCGACUGAACUUUCUUGAGUAUGGCAAUAAAUUAGGCUGUCAGGUUUCUUAGCACAGAUAUAUUCUAUGGAACAGAAUUCAAUAUUUUUAUAAGUGUAAAGUGCAGUAUUAUCUUGAAUGAAUUACACCGUAUGCUAUCUAACUGAUUUUCAAUGUAAUUUUCUGAGUAAGAAUCUUGUAACAUUGCUGAGUGUAUAGUCUUGUACAUAAUUCUUGCUUUUGUCAUCAAAUACCAAGGUACUGAAUUCCUUGCAAGCUUUCAAGUGAUUUUAAGAAAAAUAAAACAAGGAUAGUUUGA